GCCUACAAAUGUCCAUCGUAAUGUGGUAUCGUCCGUCUGUCGCGCCGUUUCAGGUUUUAGAUAUCCGGAUAAUCUAUCCGACGACUUCGCCUUGUUAUACGGACGACUGCCCAAAGAUUGCAAGCAAACUUGGAAUGAGCGCACGACGUUCGACAGCCAACUCGGUCGUUGGCGACGUCGCUUUGAGUGCUGGCUCGAACGAAGCGCGGACUCGCCAACUUAGCCAGGUAAUAUGCCUACAUGGCUGCUGGGUGAUGAGCCGUACAUGAUGCAAGUAGAAUGGGAAGGCGCUGUUCCGCCACGCAGUGACUCAUCAACUUGUGAUCGACGAAGGCUGCCGGUCGGACGAAAACGUGAGCAACAUCACGCUGAGAGACAACGAAAGCAUCGGGUCUGAGCUGGAGAACUUUAACGAGUGGAAGGUGUCCCAUGGGGUGAAGGAGAAGGAUCCCCCCGCGUUGGUCCGACGUGGCAGCGAUUCCGUGCGGGCCUCGAUUGCGAACAAGCGGCGAGCCCGAAAUACAUUUGUUUAUUCCGGAUAAUGCUUUAUUCGGAUAUUGUUCAAAAGAUUCUGUUGCCAAAGCCCAAACAAAGCAUGAGUUUUGCAGUCGAGCUCGUUCAUGCGGUAAAUGGACUCGCCGAAAGCUUGGCAGCGCACCCCCAAGUCGAUGCAUGUGCCGUGCUAAGUGUCCUUUCCCACACGUACCACCAUGCGUCAGGCUCGGCGACCGAUCCAGCAAUUGAAGCCGUGACUGCCGCAUCACGUGCCGUGUUAUCUUGCCUACUAUCCGGCCCUUCUUCUUCGAAUGAUUCCGUCCUUCGACAAUCGGCUCUUCCCCCGCGCGUGGUGUCCAGUAUCAGCGACACCACGUCGAUCUUGGCAGACGCCGCCGUAUCCAGGGCUAUUCCGCGACUGAAUCGUCUAGAUUGGCGCGUGGAUAUAAAUGUAGCGUCUAGCGCGUUGGAGAGCAUUUAUCAGCCCAGCGUGGUCCUCCGCAUGCAGUUGUCCAAUGGGCGCCAGCACACCGUGGAGCUGUCCCUAGCCAAGUUUCAUGAGCUUCGCUACAACACUGCCAAGAUCCUCCAGGAAAUGAACCAACUGGAGCGCCACCCUAUCCUCCGCCUCACUCGCGAAGGCCUCACGACCACUAGUAGUACUUAGCUCCACAUCAUCAUUGGCCACAUUGCCAAUGCUUCUCUAUCUAGCCUCACUAAUACGAGUAUACAACGAUAAAUGUCCAUUCUUUACUCAGGACUAGUACUCGACACUGGAUUCGUGUAUUUGUUUCGUACUCGCCCCGCCGGCGAAUUCUGUGGCCAGCGUGUCGUGCAAUGUGCGACACGGUGGCACUGGAUGCUGAAACACAUCCCACACUCGCCCGAGGGCCGGGCGGCCAUGGCUCAUGGCGUGGAACGUGGACGGUGCGAAGACGCGCGAGAACCCCACCGUGAGGAUCGCCAGUUGAAUCAAACAUAGCGUCCAGAACCAACCAUAUUGGUGACGGUGAACGGGGGGUACGCAUGCCUCGUACACGCCCCACUGACCGCAUCGCAGGAGGAGGUACCCAAGGACAAUCACUCCUUUGCCUUUGAGUUUGAACUUGGGGGCAAUGUCGGCAUCGAAUGCCUUGACCAGUUUCACCCAAGUCAGUACCGCAAGCACAGUCGCUCCCAAGUUGCACAGCGCCAAGACGACGCGAAUUGCAGUGUCCGUUGGGUUGUUGUUGUCGCUGCUGUCAUUACGAACUGCCACGCCAUGGAUCGCCCCCAAAGUGACCAACGUCGGAUGCACGAACGCAAACCAUAGAACGACCCGGCGGAUGGCCACGUACGUGGCUCGGGCGUGACGAACUUGGUCAUAGUCUUGCGUCGACGCGUCGUCGUCACGGGGCGAGUCAAACGCUGGCGUGGGGGGGAGGGUGUAGUGCUGGGGGGGGUGCUUGGCCAAGACGUCGAUGGCUCUUUCGGUACCCCCCAACUGUACGAUCACGAGAAAGUAGGCGGAGACGAGGACGAUCGAGUCGACGGAGGCGGCGGUGGCUUCGACUGCAACUUGAAGCGCCUGAAAUUGCAGUGACACGUUUGUGUCGAGCGCCAUUUUGGCCAAGAAGAGUACACUGGAGAGUCCCAACGCAAUGGCACAACGCAUCGAAAUGGUUUGGGCCAAUGGGUUGAUCACAUGCGUGAUGUGGCGACGGAUGAAUAUGGCGCUGACAAAGGCGCAGAGGACUGUGGCGGCAAUCCCGAGUACCCAUUGCAUGAUGAUACACCCAAGGUCGUUGAGUUGAUGCGCUUCUUCUUUGGCUUUCGC